GUAUUCGAAUAUUGCCUGUAUCGCACAAAGGUCACAAAAAAGAUACACGUCCGCGAUGAUUUAACCAUUCUACCAACUAUUAAUAGGAUAGACCGGUUUCUCCUUGUCAAUCCUGACCAAGGCGGAAAUGCCAAUCCAUCUCAGCACGCCGUGGGACCAUCAGAUUGUUUCUAUAACAGUAUGGAGUACAUGGGAGCAUACCGACACACCUACACAAACAAACGCUGUAUCAAAUGGGAGGACAUUGGUCGCCCCUUGGGCUCAUUCCCCGAUGUGAAUAUUACAUACGCGGAGAACAAAUGUAGGGACCCGAAUGGAGUGCGUGGUCAUCCUUGGUGCUAUGUUGCUCCAGACAAGUGGGAAUUUUGCCCUGUGCCAUUUUGUCAAGAGUGCUACUACAGCGACAGAAGCCAUCAGUACAACGGGCACGUGAGCACAGCAGAAGGCGGGGGCAUAUGCGAGACGUGGGCAGCGAUAUUGGCGGGAAAUCCGUCUCUAAAGCCCGAAAUGUUCCCGGAUUACAACGUCUCAGCAGCCAAUAAUUACUGCAGGGACCCGUAUAAAACAGGGCGCCCACAGUGUGUAGUUGGAGCGCACAGGACGAAUUGUAGUAUACCGAUUUGCAAUGGUCCAUGCCAGGACCGCAACACCGACGUCAAUUGUAACCUGGUCAGCUCGUUCGUCUGUCCCAGUCCCUACCUGUCCUUGACCCAGUGUGCUAAGACGUGUGAAAAUUGCAAUGUCGGAGUAUUACCAAAUGUAGCAAAAGAACCACCUGCAGUCGUUUGCGAAGACAACCCGAUGGCUAGCUGUUCCUUGCUGAGUUCUCUCGUCUGCCAGAAUGAAACAACCGCCAUUAACCUUUGUCCGAAAACAUGCGACGUUUGCGACAAACUGUACGGCAUAAGCACAACCACAUCUCUCGUUACCAUGAAUUCACAACAAACUACAUCUCAAAUGACGACAAAUACAACACCAACAAAUAUGCCAACAUCAACAACAACGCUCAGAACUACGACACUUACGCCAACAGCAACAACAACCAUUACCACUUCACCGACGACGACAACAGUAACAACCAUCACACCGACGACAACAACCACAACCCGUACUACCACGACACCUACGCCAACAACUAUUACCACGCCUCACUGGUUGGAGUGGGGACCAUGGAAUUGCACAUUCACUGGAAAUGAAUGCUUCCAAACUCGAUACAGGAAUUAUUCUUCCCUCGGCAACGAUGGUUCCGACCGGUAUGUGGUAAAGCCUUGCAACGUAAAUGAUUGCCCAGCUCCAUGUAAAGACACAGACGCACUCAACUGCACCGCGGUCGGAGAAUACCUCUGCCACACGGGCCUGGGUCCUAAAGCAUGCCCAAAGACGUGCCAUCUAUGUGAAUCAGGAUGUUUCGACCUAUUAAAUUGCUCCUCGGAAGGAGCGCAAGCCUUCUUCUGUCGUAAUGAGGAAGACGCAAUAAAAUACUGCAGAAAGACGUGCAAGAAAUGCGACAGAUAUCCAAAGCCCGUUACCCUGAAUCAGUGCAUGGAUCCCGUUGCUUCCCCGUCAGUCUGUUACACACUUCACAAAGAAAUGUGUAUAUGCGACGACGAGUAAAUUAAAUCAAUUUGCGAAGGCUAUUGUGAUGGGGCGUGUGGAGGAACGAUAAGAAGAAAUGAUACGAACAGUGGAUGUCAUCAUACA